AGAGUGAAUUCGGGCUGUUUAAACGUAAUUUCUUUUUCUGAACCUCUCUAUUGUUGUCUUCCUCCCCUCUUUCAUGAGUCGCCCAGUGCUAGUAGCAUCAUUCUUUCCCGGAAAAGGUGGGAAAGAAGCUUCCCACGUUCCCGGCGGCUACUGUACAACCAGUGUUUUCCAGAUUUUGUGGGAUUCUGGGGCUGUGAAAGAGAUUGAUGUUGCCCGCUUCCAAUGGAGUUGCUUUACACCAUCUAAAAUCUCUGUUUUCCCCGAUCUCCGGCAGUGUAAUCACAUCCUGCCGCCAAUCAUGACCUUGGUUAGUCUCAAGGGUGAGCGGAUUAACAGUCACUGAGAAGGAUCAAAGAAGCUACAAUGGAUUCCAUUCACAUGAUCUGGACAAACUCUUUACUGGUUCAAUGUAAGAGGUCUAUUACUUAUUAAAGCUGAUUAUCUAUUGAUCACUUAUAAGAGCUGGACCAAUAAAAGCUCUCACUUACGGUUCAUUUGAACAAUCACUUUGUUUUAUUUUUGUUAAUAAUUGAUUUUGUACAUUGGAGGAGGUGUGUGAGUUCACCAGCCUCGAAUCCCAAUUGUUUUAGUUUCCGUUAUCGUUUGAGUUGUAAACAUGAAAUAUAUCUUCCAUCUUCUACAUUAAAGAUAACAAUGCUCUCUUUUGCAUGA